UUUGAUUUCUCAUGGGUCAUGAUUAUCAUUUAUUUGGAAAAUGAAAUAGGUGUUGAAAAUUUAGAAUCCACAACAUUAUAGAAGUUUCUCGUUAAUCGUUUACCGUCGAUUCUAAAAAGUUUAAUCCGUUCUUGAAUAUCGGUAUCGUCAAUUUUCAACAGCCAUGGCCGCCACAGUCGCCACAGUUGAACCUGUCCCUGAUGUCGAGAUGACGGAUGUGUCAGAUUCCCAAGAAAAAAAAGACGCCGCGGUGAUCCAAGAAAUAAGGGACAACAUCCGACAGAUCGAAAAGGCCGUCCAAACAAAAGAAGCUCGUUUCAUGUUGCGCGUCCUGCGUUCGUGGUCAGUUACCCGACGCAAGCUCAAUGCUGUUGUCUUGUGGUCGGUCAUCAACGGUUUCUACACACACUCUGCUUCUGACAAAGAACUGUUAUUAUCAUACGUCACUACACCCGCUGACAUACCAGAAGCAAUCAAGAUGCGCACAGGUAAAAACGCAACAGGGGCACUACUACCUGAAAUCGAUGGCUAUAUCCGCUUGUUAGUGUUAGUACAACUGAUCGAUAAAGAAGAUUACAAAAAGGCGGUGGAAUUCUCUGAUUUACUGAUGGUAAAAUUAAUUGACAAAAAUAGACGUACGUUAGAUUUGAUUACUGCUAAAGCAUAUUUCUAUCAUAUGAGAUGUUAUGAACUAACGGAUCAACUGCACAAAAUUAAAGGGUUCCUCUACAGUCGCCUAAGAACAGCCACACUUAAAAAAGAUUAUGAAGGGCAAGCUGUGCUUAUCAACUGCCUGUUGCGUAAUUAUUUGCAUUACAAUCUGUAUGAUCAAGCUGAUAAGUUGGUUCAAAAAUCAGUAUUUCCAGAACAAGCAAGUAAUAACGAAUGUGCUCGUUUCUUAUAUUACCAAGGUCGUAUUAAGGCUGCCCGUCUCGAAUAUUCCGUAGCACACAAAAAUUUAGUGCAAGCUUUGCGUAAAGCACCUCAAAAUUCGGCAGUUGGCUUCAGACAGACAGUACAAAAGUUGGCCGUCACAGUAGAAUUACUGUUGGGAGACAUCCCCGAAAGGCAUAUAUUCCGUCAAGCUAGUUUGCGUAAGGCAUUGGUACCAUAUUUCAGACUUACCCAAUCAGUCCGUUUAGGAGACUUGACAAUGUUUAGUGAAACACUGGAGAAUUUUAAGAAAAAUUUCCUUAGUGACCACACUUAUAUGUUGAUUGUACGCUUACGUCAUAAUGUUAUUAAAACCGCCAUUAGAGCUAUUGGUGCAUCAUAUUCACGCAUUUCAGUAGAUUAUAUUGCUGAAAAACUCGGCUUGGAUUCUCCAAAAGACGCCGAAUUCAUUAUUUCUAAAGCUAUCAGAGACGGUGUUAUACAAGCAACCAUUGAUCCUGAACACGGAUACGUGCAGAGCAAAGAACCUGUUGACAUAUACUGUACACUCGAACCACAGAUGGCUUUCCAUCAACGUAUAUCCUUCUGUUUGAAUUUGCACAACGAAAGUGUUAAGGCCAUGCGUUAUCCUCCUAAAUCAUAUGGCAAGGAUUUGGAAUCUGCAGAAGAACGUCGUGAGCGCGAACAACAAGAUUUGGAACUAGCUAAAGAAAUGGCAGAAGAAGACGACGAUGGAUUCCCAUGAAUAUAAUGUUAAAAUAGUAAUUUUUCAUCAAUAAUUGAAGUUUUAUUAUUAUUAUUUUUUAUAUCUAUAUAUAUACACAUAUUAAAAUAUAUGAAGUAAUUCUAACAUUAAGGUCUCUCAUAAAUCAUAAUUUAUAUACAACUAGUAUAUUAAUUCCAAUAUGUAACAAAUUAAAAUGUAUGAUUCAAUAAAAGUUACAAAAGUAAA